GAUGGAACUCCAGUUGCACAUGCUAGCCAGCUGCCGAGGGAUGUGGAUGUUUAUGUUUCUUGUGGAGAGCCUUUCCGUGAUCCUUAUGCUACCAUACGAGGUAAUAAUAAUUAUUUUAUUAGUAAAAUUCAAGUAAAUACAGGUGAUGUCAUUUAGUCAUCUGCUUGAGUGUAGUCUUGUAUGGGACUGUAGGGGACCUUUACAUUAUGUAGACUGGACUUUUAAUACAAGAUUAAGUGCAAUUAAAAAGUGAUGUUUUCAAACUAAUGUCAUGUGCCCCAGAUAUAAUUAUGUACACUUUUUAUCUCUUACAGUGUACAUCUUUCAAUAUUCUGGUUAGCAAUAGCACAGAGUGACAAAAUUAUUUUGGGGACAUACAUGUUUGGUAACUACUAGUACAUCAACAUGUACAGGUAGUUCAAAAUUCUAAAGUUGUACUCAUACUUGAUAUUAUACUCAUAGUCAAAUCUUAAGGUUUCUAUUGGUAACAAAGUAAAAUUGGUUUAAAAUCAACCAAGUUGAUAAUUAAAAGCAAAUUGACCCCUCAGAGAGAGAGCCCUUCAUCAGGGAGGAUUCAACUGUAGUAUCAAAGUCUUUAAUUGACAACAUGUUUGAAAGUCAUCAUAAAUAGUUUGCUUUGUCUUAACAAGACUGACAUUGUUGACCUCCUGUGAUCAAUAGUGCAUACAAUGUACUCUCAUUGGUGUUCUUUUGUGGUCUUUCUAAAUGGUCUUUAAUUGUUAUGGUCUUUUACCCUGGUUGUUUAAGUAUUAAGCCUUGAAGUGUUGCACACACCUCUGAAGUCCAUUUGAUACAUGAAGUUAGGCAUCCAGUGUGUCUCCAAUAAUCUCAGAGCGCUUGAUUAUCAGAGGAUAGAGAAUUGAUCCAGUUUGUUGUUUAUAACAGACAGAGAAGAACUGAGAAGAUCAGCUUCAUGGACGUUAAGUGGCAUUGUUCUCCCUGAGGAUCGAUCCAGAGGUCGCACAAAGCCAUCUUUGUCCAAGAGGAUGAAGUCAUUAGUUGAAAGUCAGAAGAGAAGAAUUCUUGUGUUUAGAAAUGGUGAAAGUUCUGAGGGAGUGGAGAUUGUAGCUGGGAGAUUUGAUGAGGUAUAGAUCAGCUGUUUAACCCAUUCGCCCCUGAAUCAGUUGUUGUGACGUCAUUGCUUUUAGCUCAGUCAAGGACAACUUUGGCAUCUAGUUUGAUCGGGAGAAAGAGCCAGGUCUUUGUUAAACUUAAAAAUUUAUUAUGUUGGGAAUUUUCAAGUUGAGGGAUGUUUUACCAAAAAUGUGUACAUCCAAUGCAUUGUAAGUGAAUAAUGCAUUUACCCUUGAAGCUAACCCCUCACAGCUACUUGUACAUGUAUGUGAAGGUGUAUAGCACAAAAGGUUUCUGUAGAAUAUUAUUUGAAGAAGAGGAUUAACAAGAUGUUUCUUAGAUCAUCUUAUGGCCUGUACAUGAUAACUUAUACCAACUGAGUUUUAACAUAUAAAAUAUAAAUGUGAUGAAUAGAAAUAAUAAUAAUAAUAUUACAAUUAUUAUUAUAAUCUCUGUAGUUCUUGGAUGACUGCACGAAGAAGUUAAACCUAGAGUCAGGAGCCAGGCUUUUGUUUGACUGUCAGGGAAAGGAAAUCAAGAGCUUCUCUGAUGGUUAGCUGACGUUUUUUUAAUGCUUUGUAUAAAGUUGAACAGUAAUAAACCCACUUACCUUUAUAUGAUAAUUUUAAUAAAUUCUGUGCAGGGCAGACAAACAAAACCAAAAAUAAAAACAAAACGAAAGUUGAAUUCUCCCAUUUUAUUUUUCCCUGGCUACAGUCUAUACAUUUCUUUGGGUACAUGGUUUUUCAUGGUGUAUGAUUUAGUUAGAAGAUGAACUGACUGGCCCUUGCCCCCGGGCAAGUGAACAAGAAAAGUUUCUUGCCAGUGGUAAAAUCUUGUUUUGCCAUACAGUAACAAUAUUUUUGAAUGCAGUUCUGAUCAGUUACCAUUCUCUUUUACAGUUCCUGUACUGGACAGAAUUCUUCAGCCAUCAACUAGUGUUAUUCUAGGCCCUGUGUGGGUGACAAGAGGUGCAGAGCGCUUCAGUCCUAAAGGAGCAUAUCACUUUAUUUCCACACUUCUGUUUAGCACCAAAGAUAGA